UUCUCAACCCUGCUCCCCCCGCACCUUGUGAAAAGCGAAGCGACCCACAGAGGUGCACGCCUGCUCCCUUGGGGGCGCGGGAGCCUGGGGGCUGCCAUGGCCCCCAGCCACCUGUCGGUGCGGGAGAUGAGGGAAGAUGAGAAACCCUUAGUGCUGGAGAUGCUGAAGGCUGGCGUGAAGGACACGGAGAACCGCGUGGCCCUCCACGCCCUGACGCGGCCACCGGCCCUGCUCCUCCUGGCGGCGGCCAGCAGCGGCCUGCGCUUCGUCCUGGCCUCCUUCGCCCUGGCCCUCCUCCUGCCCGUGUUCCUGGCCGUGGCGGCCAUGAAGCUGGGCCUGCGGGCCCGGUGGGGCUCGCUGCCCCCGCCGGGCGGGCUGGGGGGGCCCUGGGUGGCAGUGCGGGGCUCAGGGGACGUGUGCGGGGUCCUCGCCCUGGCCCCGGGCUCCAGCGCUGGCGACGGGGCCCGGGUCACCCGCCUCUCUGUGUCUCGCUGGCACCGCCGCCGAGGCGUGGGCAGGCGGCUCCUGGCCUUUGCCGAAUCCCGGGCUCGAGCCUGGGCGGGCGGCAUGGGGGAGCCCCGGGCCCGGCUCGUGGUCCCAGUGGCCGUGGCAGCGUGGGGCGUGGCCGGGAUGCUGGAGGGCUGUGGCUACCAGGCCGAGGGGAGCUGGGGCUGCAUGGGCUACACGCUGGUGAGGGAGUUCAGCAAGGAACUAUGACGCCAGACCUGGAGAGAGGAAAACCAGCGCGUAGUGAGCACCUACUGUGUGCAGACACUUUCACACCGUCUUUCCGUGAACCCCCAGCCCACCCAGGGCCCAGAAACUGAGGCCUGCAGAGGGCAAGAGACCCCACCACAGCCUGACGUCUGUCUGUAGUGUUUGAACUUCUCAGAGAGGUCGGCACAUCUAACCCCUGCCUCAGAUUCCGUCUGCACUGAGGAGUCUCCCCAUCUGUCUGUCUGUCUGUCUGUCUGUCUGCCAAGCCUGUGCUGUUUGUGCUACGACGAGCCUGGGAGAGACGGCGUGGGGCGGGAGGAGAGGAGGCCGAGCAAGCCUGCCCCCCACCCCGACCAGGGUUAGGACUUAGGCAGGGGCACCCCAAACCGGGACAAGGCCCCCAGGGAAUGGGGUGGGGCUUGAUGCUGUGCUUGGAGUGGGUGAGGCUACAGAGGCAGAGAGAGGGUGAGGGGCGCCUCUGCAGGGGAGGGUCGUGUGUGCCUCGAGAGCCCCAGGGG